AUGAAGUUCGCCAGCCUCCUUCUACUACCAUUUUGGUCAUUUAUUGCCGUGGGCCAGCUUAUCGGACCCGUCGGUCCCACAACCGAUCUGGAAGACAAAAAGAUUGAAUGUAAUAUUCUUGACUAUGGCGCAAUCGCUGAUAAUAAGACUGAUAUAUCCUCGGCGCUGGAGAGAGUAUUCUCUGAUUGUGUUCGCAAACAUCCGGGGAGUCGACUCGUCGUGCCUGAAGGAGAGUAUUUGAUUGAGCGUGGUGUGACUCUGAGCAAUGGCACAAACUGGGCGUUCCAGUUGGAUGGACUGGUUACAGCUGCAUAUGGUGGCGACUGGAACAUAUCGCGUGAGUUGAUCCUCCAAGGCUUUGCUGGCAGAGAGAUCAUCAAUGCAACUAUCAACGGAGAGGGCGACUCUGAAUUUCUACUAGACGUGCUUGUCAUUGUCAAUGCUGUGGAUUUCGAAUUCUAUUCAUCCAAUGGCAAGGGCGCUUUCCAAGGGCAGGGCUAUAUCUAUCGUAAUCUCGACAAGUCAGUAUUGGCUCCUUUUUUGACAAGAGUUGUGAAGCUGAUCCCUUUUCAACCCUUCAGCACAGACCGUCCACGCUUGGUCCGGUUGAUUUCUCCAACAAACGCCUCAGUCCACGACUUGAUACUAGUUGACAGUCCCAAGUUUCACAUCAUCCUCGACUUUGCAGUGAAUGUUGAAGUCUAUCAUCUGACUAUCCGCGGGGCGAACUUGGGCAGUUAUGAUGGCAUCGAUGCCAUUGGAACGAACUAUUGGAUACACGACAGUGAGGUUACCAAUCGUGAUGAGUGUGUCUCGGUGAAGAGUCCCUCUCAUCAUGCUUUAGUUGAAAACUUAGUGUGCAACCAAGCUGGCUCAGGUAUAUCUAUUGGCAGUCUGAAUGUGUCCGCUGAAAUAUCGAACAUCGAAGCAUCCAAUAUUAGCAUUAUACAAGGUAACAACAUUGCUUUUAUCAAGACCUAUCCUGGUGGGUCAGGCUACGUUACCAACGUUACCUUUUCGAACUUCCGAUCCUUGGCAAGCCUCUACGGUCUGGACAUCAAUCAAUACUGGCAGAAUACUUAUACGCCUGACACUGGUGCUGUAGCAUUGAGUAACCUGGUGUUUCGCAAUUUCUCCGGCUCUGUUGCCAACGGAGCGACGCGCCCUCCGCUCUAUCUAUUUGCCAAUGAUCUGACCUUUGCCACAAAUGUCACCGUCGAGGACUUCACAGUAUGGACGGAAUCUGGCAGCUCAAUUGUAAAUAAAAUCAGUAACAUCUUUGGUUCUGGGGAUGAUAGCUACGGGUCAAAUGAUGGUAUCAAGUCUCUCAGCCAGGGAGAGUCGCCUUCAUCUUAUACCAGUACCUACACCAUCACAGCAUCUCCAACCAAUUGGCAGGCCCCCACAGCCCCCACCUGGGCUCUGCCUAGUACGGGAUAUGGAACUGCUUCUCCCAUUCCAGUUUACAGUCCAGCGCCUCUGUGGCGCCCCGGUGGCGUGGACUAUGAUUUGCAUUACUGGGGAAGCUUCUAA